AUGCUGUCCGCAAAGCAGUCCGGAAAAUCGUGGAAAGAAGUGAACAGAGAGUUCAAGGAGCGUCGAAAAAAGUGGCGAGAAGAGCGUCUGGUGAAAAAGGCUCGGCUCGAGGAGGAAAAGAAAAAUGAACAAAGCCUCGAAAAGGCUAUUGCAGAGGAAAAUACUUUUGAGGUUAGGAAAGUGUCGACAGUGAGCAUCGCUGUGCCCGGUUCGAUUUUGGAUAACGCACAAUCCCACGAACUGAGGACGUACGUAGCCGGACAAAUAGCUAGAGCUGCUUGCAUUUACAAAGUCGACGAAGUCAUUGUGUUCGAUGACAAAGGGGAGAUCACGGAAGACGAGAAGAAGAAGUUGAGAAGGGACGAAGUUUUGGGUGAGGCCAGGCCGGGAUGCCUUCAACUCGCAAGAAUUCUGCAGUACCUUGAGUGUCCGCAGUACUUGAGGAAGUACUUUUUUCCGAUACACAAAGAUUUGCAGUACGCUGGACUUCUCAAUCCCUUGGAUGCACCUCAUCAUCUUAGACAGCAGGAUGCGAGUUUGUACAGAGAAGGAGUCGUUAGUAAUAAGCCCCUAAAGGUUGGAAAAGGAUCACUGAUCAAUGUUGGACUUCUCACUGAUGUUAGAGUUGACAAAGUUCUUACAAGUGGCUUGAGAGUUACUGUCAAGAUACCGGAAUCACAGGAGAAUCCUAAAAAGCCAAAAGGUAUAAUUGUACCUCCGUCAUUGCCUAGAGCAGAUACUGGAAUAUACUGGGGAUACAGUGUUAAGCUAGCUUCUAGUCUCUCUGAUAUAUUUGCAAAGUGUCCAUAUCCUGGAGGCUAUGAUGUCUCUAUCGGAACAUCAGAUAAAGGAACUUCUGUUGAUGACAUAGCUCCAAAAAGUCUGAAGUACAAACAUGCCUUAAUUGUGUUUGGUGGUUUGGCUGGAAUAGAAGAAGCUAUUGAAGCUGAUUCUAAUCUUGAUAUUGAUGAUGCCUCGCUAGUUUUCAACAUGUACCUGAACACGUGCCCACAACAAGGUUCAAGGACAAUUAGAACAGAGGAAGCUAUUUUAUUGACACUCGCGGAAUUGAGAAAUAAACUAGAUCCAGAGUUUCCUCCUUUGGAUAAUCCACAAUUCCCUCAAGAACAACACGAGGAUUCUAAAUCCAAUAAUGGAGUGAAUUCCAAAUCUAAUAAUGAAGUUGGAACUUCAGAAUCGGAUGGUUCUGAAUAA